UACACUAUUUAAAAGACAGUGCCCUACAUCGGGAAUAUUUUAACAUCUUACGAAAAACACACGAAAAAUUGAGAAUUUUGACUGCCAUCAUGAAAUAUUUGGCUGUGACUUUGCUGCUCUGUGCUCUGGUGUCCAUGGCAAACGCUUAUUGCUUCACUAUGGCUGUGAAACCAGGCAUGACCCAUUGUCAGGACAAAGUGGAUGAAACAUGGCAUGCCGUUGGAUCUACAUGGAGAAACAGUGAAUGUAUGGACUGCACUUGCAGUGGAUGUUGUACAGCGUAUUCAACCCCCAGACAGUUCCCUGAAGACUGUGUGUCAGUGUUUGACUCAGAGGCAUGUGAAUACAAAGUGCACAAGAAGGGCGACCCAAGUGUACAAUGUCCAAUUUAUGCUGCAGUAGGAAAGUGAUGGGCAGGUCUGGUGUACUUUGUUGUUUUUGAACUGGAGAGUAAGCGACCAAGACAUGAUGGCUGGCUUCCCACAGGGAAACAUUGCCUGUUGUGUUUGCUGAACAGACAUGAAACACAGCUGCUGGAAAAUGAAAU